AUGAGUCCAGCUCACAGCUUCUCCGAGGCUUCCAGAAGCCUUUAUCAGGCAUUUAUUAAUCCCAUUGUCAAAACACUGGAAGUUCAAGAACCAAACGAUGAAGACCAGAAGAGCACGAUUAAGGCUUCUCUUCUGGAAUUGGCUAAGAAACUCGUCUGCUGCGGACCAAAAAAGCGACAUACAAACACCCUCGUAUUUGAUGGAGCCAACUUUUCGGACCCCGUGGAAUAUGUUCAUAUGAAGAGCAAAGAAAGACUGUUCACAGAACAUCCAAGGCUGGUUCGGUAUUCUCAAAAAUCAUCGACUUCCCUCCGAGAACGUGGAGUAACGCCUACGAGCAAACGAACUUCGGAUCAAAGUCAAGGUUUUAUCGUUUACGACACAGACGACGACGAGUACUCAGGUGACUAUUUAAGCGAUGAUAUAAUCGAGUCAAUUGAAGAAGAAAUUGAUUUGAGUAACGAGGAAUUCGGUUCAGAAGAAGAUUCUGAAGAUGAAGAGAUAGGCGAAUGUUCCCGUCAGAGGUCUAUACAGCCGGAACUUCGACGCCCUAAACUUACUAGGGAGAGCCCACUGAGUGAAAGAGAGAUUCCCAGGACGCCUUCAAGAAACCAAGAUUCGAGGUAUCGCAGCAUUUGUUCCAGAUCACCAGGCCCACUAUCAUACCCAACACCGACGGACGAUGCAUUCCUUACUUCACCAGGGUCUGUCAACUCGCCAGAUCCCAGUGAAAUCUUCACUCCAUAUUCGACAGUGUCGACACCAUAUUCUAUCAUGAGCACUGGGGGAUGCGAAACCCCACGAUCUUCUUUUCGCCAGAGCUCCUACAACGAACGGUAUAUGGAGAGUCCAACGUGCAAAAAGAUGCAGGCAGUUGACGACCUCCUUUCAAGUGAUACGAUGAGGAAAAUGAAACUCAACGUGGAUGACUUGGGUAAUGAGAUUGAGGAAGCUGAACCAGAUGUGGAGUCAUUGCGCAGUUCUUCCUCUCGUCGUUCCAUGACGUUCGAUGACACGGAAAAAUCGCCAGUCCAUGUGAAAAACUUGGGGUCUGGGUAUAUAUAUUGCUUCGCCGAAAAGUCAAAGCCUGGAUACCUCAAAAUUGGAUACGUAAUAUGUCCUGAGCUCAGCAAGCCUGAUCGUGUUGAACAGAGGAUGGAGGAAUGGAAGAGUGACUGCAAACAUAACUUGGUCUUCAAGUUCAAGGUCUUCAUGCCCUGUGCUGUUCUGAAGAUGGAGAGGUUGAUUCAUCAAACUUUACACAGAGAGAAAAAGGCUGCCUCAUGUCCCAAUUCAGCCUGCCAAAAGACGCACCAGGAAUGGUUCAAGACUACGGAAAAUCAGGCACGCCAAGUAAUCGAGGUCUGGCAACAGUUCAGCAGGUUGGACCGGUAUGACAAAAAGGGCCUGAGCGAUGAGUGUCUCUGGAAUACCAAAAAGUGGUUAGCCACAGAGUGGGUUAAGUUGAUCACCGAGGUUGUUGAGAAAGACUUGGCCGCGAAGCGAGAGAAGAGAAGAGCCGUGGAGCGACGGCUCGCGAAGAUGGAGCAACAACUUGCACAGAUGAAGGAGGAUGAAGAACCUAUUCAGCAAAUGCUGGGUGUGUUAAGGCUAAGCAACGAGUUUUGA